AUGCCUAGUCGACGUCGUACUCCUCCACCACCUCGUCGCUCAACGCCUGAAAAGUCGCAGGAGGAGGACAACCAAGGGGAGGAGGAGGAGGAGGAGGAGGAUGACUCUGAGUUGUUGGAAACCGAGCCACCUAUCACUAUAAUGCUUGAGAUCAAGCGUAUCGUCGCCAACGUUAAAGGCCGCAAUACUGGUGCUAAGACCCAAGUAAUGGCUGACUGGACACAGCCAAACAAUAGCAUUGACUCCGUUGAACUGGUCUUAGAGUUAGGUAAUAUAAAACGCGAUAUUGAAGAGUGGUUAGUGUCUUGGUGCGGCCUUCAUAAAGGUCUAUACCAUGCCCGCCUGAAUACCAUUAAUAUUCAUGCUGAGGUAAGCUGUCGAGGUAUAACCAAGGAUCCGUUCAUCUUUGAGAUUGACUAUCUUGAAGAGGCGACGUUACAGGCGGUAUAUGAGAAGGUCAGGGCGUUGUGGCGCGAGAAGGCGAAGGAUAUUCGCUGGAUCAUCAUCGAAACUUUCCAGGCAAGGGCGAAGACACCACCACCUGCCUUAGCGUCUCAAAGUACGCCUGAUUCAAGUCGUAAGCGUACGCGUAGUGAGGGUGCGACAGAGCGACAAGGCAGGUGGAAACAGGCGCAACGAGAUGCAGAUCGAGCGACUGGUAACCACAUCGGCGAUAUCCACCAGGAAUGGACCUGUCACAACAAACACUGCCCGAAUUGGAACAAGGUGUGCUUCGUUGAGAGUGGCGAUCAUAUCUCUCUGGAUAGUAGUGACCUACAGAGAUGGAGCGAGGGUAUCAAUGCUGGUAAUGCAAGCCUAAAGAACCCUCCGGAUGCUCUAUUUCAGAGCCUAAUGUACCGUCGCUUGAAGAAGACUCUCCACCGUCAGAAGAAGAAGGCGAAGGUCGACGACGAACUACCAAAGAACGCACCGUUUGUUAUCAACUUCGGUACGUCGCCAGGCCGUAUACAGGCAGAGGAGUUAAGGUCAAGCCCACCGACGCAAGAAGGGCAUGAUUUUGACAACGUUCAAGAAUACCUUGUCUGGCUUGUUAAGCAAGGUUUAGUGUUUCCAGAACACGCAGAAUUCGCUCGAGUUGGCCUACGAGAUCAAGGGUUUGGCUUUAACUCGUUGCGCGAGGUAUCUGACGGCGACUGGCUUGAGAUGGGGGUAAAGAAGGGCGCAAUGCUUGCAAUUCGACGCAAUCAGAAGGUUUGGCAGCAGUAUCUUGUGCAGGAGAGAGUGUUUCGACGUCGACAGUCACAGCAAACCCAAGAGCCUGUAGAUUUAACUGAAGAUACUGGUGGUAGCGACAGCGACAAUGAGGUCGAUUGA